UUUCUUCCGGAAUAAUACGCAGAUUGUGAUUCAACAUGGUGAAUGGAGAAAACUCAGAAAUACAGAGUUCCGAUAAGAUUGUUUUGGAGUUGAUGGAUUCGACGGACAGCUAUCUACUUCUUAUGAAUUCUCUGUCAUCAUCACUUCGCGAGGGAUGGCUGGAGCUGGCGAGUGCUAGGCAUUCCAUGGGCGCUUCACGUAUCAGCAGUGCAUUGUUUGAUCUCAAAUCUCAUUCUGCUGCCACUACAUUGCAAUUAAACCAUCAGGAUGCUGGGCCUAAAUCGGAGGAAUCACAUUUCAGUUUGUGCAAGUGGGCAUCAUCUGAGAGUCCAAAAAGCUGUUCUGAGGAAGCAAAAUUUGAGGAGGAUAAGCUGUUACAGAAGAAAUCCAAUAGCCCAAAGGUUCUGAAUCAGGAUGGUUCAUCAAAUUCUGAAAUUCAGGAAGAAGUAUCAGAAGCACCGGAAGCUACCGAAUCACCAUGCACGGUGGAGGAUCAAGCUCGAAAAGAGCGACUCAAGUCAUUAUCCAUGUUUGGAGUGCUGGUCUGUCCAAAGCUUCGAGCUGCCCAAUCGUCAUUUGAGACAGCUCUUGAAACUCUAGUGGAAGUAGCAAAUAAACGGGCCGACCUCCUUAAUGCUUAUGACCAAAUGCGAGAAAAGAAGGAGAGCACCACCAAAUGACCAAAGAAGCCAAGCCCUGUGUUUGGAGAUCUCGCCUCCUUAUGACCUUUCCCAAGGGGGAAUAAAUCAAAUAAAUGCAAAUACAGCCCUGCCUAAAGAGGAAUACAAAAUGGAGAAAAGUAAAGAAGAGGAACAGACUCAAAGGUCCGGAGAUGGUGGCAUUGGUAUAAACAGACUAACAGAGAGAUGAUGGCUUUAUUUGAACUGAUCUAGCUUUUGUAUUUCUGCUUAUCUGUAAGAUUCUCCGGUGCAAGUUCUUGCACAUUUCAUAUGGUUUUUUCCACAGGGAAGGUAUUUAAUUUGUGCAACUAAACUAAAAACUUAUGAGCUAGUAUUUUUUGGGGGUGUGGGUUCCAAUAGCCAAUUAAGUGAACCAAGUUUUACGUAUUAUGUUGAGCAGUGAUAGGUAGAAAGAAUUUUAGUAGUGACAGAAUGUUCAAUGAUUUCAA